UUUUACCCUAAUUAUCGGUAUCGCCUCGUCUGUUCGCUCUUCCCCUUUCGGGAGAGAUUGGUGGUGAUCGGCGAUAGCGAUCGUUGAUCGUCGGUCGUGGCCGCUCGACUACUUCGGCUGGCGUAUCUUCUUUUCUUGCUGUCAAAUUCUUGAUUGAUGCUCCAUCUUUGCUCAGCAUUACAAAAUAGGAUUGGAUUCAAAGCAAGUUGCAAUGACAAAAGAUUUGAUAUUUCGUGAAGUUUUGAAAGCUGUUUUCCCUUUACUUGAUGGUGAAGACUUGAUUUCUUGCAUGCUAGUAUCUCGACUAUGGAGAGAGAUUGCUAGAGAUGACUACUUUUGGAAGUCUGUUUGUGCCAGAAGAUGGCCUUCCAUUUGCAAAAGUCGUCCUCCAUCGAUAAGCUACCACAAGUUUUUCGUGACAUUUUCCAGACCCCAACCUCCUCAGCCCCUUCCCCCAGCAAGGCUUUCUUUCGAUGAUUUGGAAUUCUAUAUUGAUCUAUGGUCUGAGCAAAGUGUGAUAUUCUCUGAAGCUGUCUCAGGUAACGUCCUCCUGAAAGGUAUAAAGAGCCCACCUGCAGGGAUACCUGACACUCUCAAGCUUCAUUUGGACAGCAAUGACUACAAGAUGAUCAUGCAGGUCGAGCCAAGGUUUUCGCUGUCACUGGGCCGGAUGAUUAGUGUCUCUGUGCUUGUGAGUCGCAAAGACACAGAUCAAAUCGCACAAAUUGUAAACCAAUCCCACUUCGGAUAUGUCGACGGCAAUGCAUUUCGUGCGCUAGCUUAUGACUACUUGCAUUUUUCACCGGGGCAUCCAUUCAUUUCUGGAAUCAGGGCAUGGGUGUCCUUGUUGUUCAUGGCUAACAGUGCUCUCAGAAUCAACGAUGUGUUUGGGAUCGAGAUAGACUUCUGUGAUGCUGCAAGCUCCGAGAAUGAAGUCCUGUGGCUUCUCGACAUGCUUGAUUGGAAAUAAGCAAUCGAUUACAUUCUUUGAUGUAUUUUAAAUAACUAUAACCAUCAAUCUGGAUUUGAGGAAUGUAAGAAGGAGAUCGACCGUCACUGUAAUAUAGCAAUACUGUAAGCAAAACCUGCCAUUUAUAAAUUGUUCUAUGUUGUAAAUCAGGUUAUUUUAAUUAAUUUAAGUAAAUUAUAUCUA